UCUCUCGUGGUCAAAUGGUUAGAAAAGUACACACACAUCCACAUCUAGAAGCAAGCCGGGCCGUUGUUCGUCGUGCUAGCUCGAUCCAUUUCCUACGUGUGCACCAAACCACAAGUUUCAGCUUUGCUGCCAUUUGGUCUUUCUAACUCUCUCUAUAUAUAUAGUCAUACGCGCAGCAUAUGUGCAAGUAUUGUUGCACAGUGCAGCGGAUAUACAGAUUUCGAUCGGCGACGUUAGUGAUCAGCUGGGUUAAUUAAUUACGUGGCUAAUUAAGCUAGCUAUAGCCAUGAGCAAGAGGAGCAGGAGCAUGUGGGACAUGCAGGAGUUCGUCGGCAGCGUGGACACGGCCCGCGUGCUGAUGCUCCUCGCGCAGCAGAGCCAGCACGGCCUGCUGGGCGGCGGCGGCUUCGCCGCCGGCGCGCAGCCGGUGGUGGUGCGCGGCGGCGCGCACGACCGCGUGUUCGAGUGCAAGACGUGCAACCGGCAGUUCCCGACGUUCCAGGCGCUCGGGGGCCACCGCGCCAGCCACAAGCGGCCGAGGCAGCAGCAGCAGCACGCGCUCGGCGGCGGCGCCGGCGCCGACGACGCGGGGCUAUGCCUCGGGAGGCAGCCGACGCCGCCGCGGCCGCAGCCGGCGAAGCCGAGGGUGCACGAGUGCCCCGUCUGCGGGCUCGAGUUCCCCAUCGGGCAGGCGCUCGGCGGGCACAUGCGUCGGCACCGCGCGGAGGCCGAGGCGGCGGCGACAACGACGACGACGACGACGAAGAACGGCGACGUAGGCAAGGCGGCGGCCGUGAAGGCCUGCGACGGCGGCGGUGUCUGCCUGGACUUGAACCUGACGCCGUCGGAGAACCGCGCAAAGUGCCGGAACGUGGUGGGUCUCGGCGCCGGCGGGCAGGGCGUACACAAGGCGCUCGCCAUGUUGGAUUGUUUCCUUUGAGCCGUUCAAACUGCACAUAUUAUUGCAUGAUAGCUGUUGCCGAUUAUUCCUUUGUUUCUUGAUAAAAUAUACACCGCUGAUUUUUCCUUUUGAUCUUUACCUUUCUUUAUUUACUUUUUAACAUUUCGUAGAAUUGAUGUAAUUUUGGGGGGUUUUAUAAUAUGCCAGGGUAGUUGAGAAUGAACUCAGAGAUGAACUCUUGUAUUUUUGUUGUAAAUAACAAUAAAUUCAUGAAAGUUAGUGGUAUGGUUUUUUCUUGUCA